GUCUACAGCAGUUGUGUUAGUGUACGACCAAAUAAUGUGGUCGUUCUGACGUAUCUAUAUGCUUUAUAUCAUGCUUUCGGAGCACUACCGAAUACUAUGCACUCACUCAAGAUGGUCAGGGGUGUAGAAGCUGUGCCCACAUUGUUUUGGAUAGUUUUGUUGAGUAUAUUUCCAGGGAUUCGAAUGAGUAUUAACCUGAAGAAAAGAAUGACCCUAAAUGCACAGCCUACGAAUGACAAUUAUCCGGUAGCAAAGACCACAGACGGAGAUUAUGGCCCUUUCGAUACAGGUGGUUGUAUGGCCGGUCAUCCAGUAGAGUCAGCAUGGUGGCAAGGCACCCUGCCUAGUAAGGCAAGAAUACAGAAAAUCGACAUUGUAUUUAGAAUUGCAGCUCGUGCCGAUGGCUUUGCCUUGUGGAUAUCAAACGAUACAGGUAUACCGUCUGGUAACAAAUGUUACGAGGAUGUGGAUUUCGGCGUCCCAAACUUAACUCAAAACAUCACCUCGUGUGACAUAACCGGUCAGAGAGUGAUGAUAAUCAUCACAAGGACAGCACCAACACUAGCGUAUAUGGACGUGUGUGAGGUGGAUGUGUAUGGUUGUUUUACACAUACAUAUGGUGACCAGUGUCAAUACAAUUGUGCCAACUGUAAACACGGCUGUGACCCUGACAACGGAGUUUGUGAUUCAACACACUGUAAUGCGGGCUGGACUGGACCACGGUUUUGCAAUCAAACUUGUUCAUCAGCUACAUUUGGAGAGAACUGUGUUGAUGAAUGUCGUUGUAAGACACCCGGAUGUAACGGAGUGACCGGACAAUGUAACACACCAGGAUGCCAGGCUGGUUAUCAUGGAACCAGUUGUAAUCAAGUUUGUUCGAUCACAACGUUUGGCGAGAACUGCUCAUCCGAAUGUAACUGUGAUACUCCUGGUUGUGACUCGGUAACAGGUCAUUGUAACGUAUCCGGGUGUGUUGCUGGCUGGACGGGGGAGUCAUGUAAUAUACCUUGUGCCGAGGGAAUGUUCGGUAAGGAAUGUAACAAUCGAUGUCACUGCGCUGUACCCGGAUGUGAUAAGGCAGAUGGUACUUGUACAAACACAAGUGCAGGCUGUUUAGAUGGCUGGAAUGGUUCUUCCUGUAGCCAAGCAUGUGUUGCUCCUUAUUUUGGAAAUAAGUGCACAUCACAAUGUAGAUGCAAAACAGUUGAUUGUAACCAUGCCGACGGGACAUGUGCAAUACCUGGAUGUAUAUCUGGGUGGAUGGGAACGUCAUGCUCAACACAAUGCCCCAAAAACAUGUUUGGAGAAGACUGUGUCCUCACGUGUCAUUGUAUGACCCCCGGCUGUAGCCGCUUCAAUGGAACCUGUUUGUCAUCAGAUGGUUGUAGUGAUGGAUACGUUGGUAGCUCGUGCAGUACAAAAUGCAAAUCAGGACAUUUUGGUGCUAACUGUACGAAACAAUGUCAUUGUAAGGACACUGCAUGUAGUCACGUGACAGGAAACUGCUCUGCAUCCGGAUGUCUGCCAGGCUGGAGGGGUGACACAUGUAGUGAACGAUGUCCAAAAUCAUCAUAUGGACAAGAUUGUAAGUUAACGUGUGGACAGUGCUUCAACAUGACGGGAUGUCAUCACGAAAAUGGAGAAUGUGAAGAGGGAUGCUUGGAUGGUUACUAUGGCAAUUCCUGCCAUUUAGAUCAACCGAUAUCUGAUAAAGACGACACCGGAAGUGGUACUGGGGGCAUAGUUGGAGGAGUAAUCGGAGCGUGUGUGGUCGCUGUGCUAGCCAUUGGUAUCGUAUUUCUGCUGAAAAGACGACAACAGGCUGGAAGUAAAAACAGUCCUAAAUACGAACAAAACAAGAGGCACUUCAUUAAUGAUACUGGACUGGAUGAACAUUUACCCGAAGAGGAAAGCAAGGAUUCUGUACAGAAACAGAAGAUCGUACACAAAGGAAAAGGUAGAGCGCGUAAGAGGUCAAUAGGGUUGGAGGACAUUGACAUAGACGACGAGGACAACAUGUACGUAAACUCUGGUGGAAAUUUCAGUGAUGUCGACGAGUCAAUUUCCAUAACUGUAAAGAGUUUUGGGGCUGUCUUAGAGCAAAAAGAGGCUGACGAACUCCUGGACAAGGAAUACCAGACUUUACUA